GUUCUGUGGAUGUAGCCACCACUAAAUCGUUAGCUAUGUCCCAAUCAAUGUAUCUGAGAUUUAUCGAAUUUAUUUGAUUUUCAGUUGCUAAGAUAAAUUUUUCAGUUAUGAAUGUAACAGGUUAUUCUGUUCACAAACUAGUGAACAAAAAGUGGGUUCAUGUUUUAUAAAACUACACUGGUUGUGAAUGUAUUGAUUUUAGGAUUCGAUAGGCGGUGUCGAAAUCCGAUCUGGUUUUAAAAUUGAUCUCUCUCAACAUCAAAGUGGGACGAUUUAUCGGUAGUCUAAGUGCCAUUGUAUGUAGAGCGGCUACAUACUUUACAUUUUACAAACCGAGGGAUAGCUAGUCUAUUACUAUUGCCUUUUACCCGGAGUACUUGUUGCUUCAGUGUGUUAUCUGUAUUGGAAUCUUCAGGGAGUAACUUCUUUAUUGUUUCUUGUCGGUCUAGUUUUUCUUAUCUAGAAGUGCAACCUAAAAUAACUAAAUAUAGCCCCUUCUUUACUUAUUAGUUUUGAUGCAUUCACUUCACAAAUUACGGUUGAGGUCCCAUAAUGACCUGUGCUUUUGUAUUUAAUGCAAGUGGGAAGCUUAAUAUGGUCUGCGCUUAUCAACGGUUAUUUUUAGGCUAUAAUCUAUCUGUACAUAUUUGUGCCUAACCUUUACUUCAAAAUACCAUGUUUUUUGAAGCGACAAAAUUUCAGUGAGCCUUCUUGUUUCUCAAUGGACAGCAAAUUUUACAAACGAAGGACAAUGUUUACCUUUCUCUGAAAAAAUUUACGUUACCCGACUAUAUUCCUGUUCUUAAAAAGCAUAGUCCACUUUCGACUAAUACUCGAAUCGGUUCUCUAAUCUUAAAAGCUCUGUAGCUUGCUUUAGCAACAUUAGUCUAUUGCGGAUAAGGACUAACCAAGUUUCUAACUGCUAUUAAUUUCAGAUUUUGUUUUAUUCUUUAGAUGAAUCCUCAUCGAUUUUCGUGUAGUGUUUGCAAUAUAUGGUGUGACACUGAGAAUGUCCUACGAGUUCAUGAAACGGGGAGAAAACAUCGCUCUAAAUGUCUUGCUUUAGACAGUUUAAACAUAGUGGAUCAUAUUAAUUAUCCCCUAAAAAUUUCCUUACCAACACUGGUUACUCCUGAUUCGGGCUCGCCGAAAGAUUCAGUCUUAGAUACCACCUCUUAUUCUACAGGGCCAAUGAGAAAUUCAAUCUGUGAUCAAGAAUCCUCUUCAUAUUCAAACCAGUUAUCUUCAGCUUCCGAAAUUUCCUUUACCUGCAACUUAUGCGGUAUACAUAUGAAUUCUUCAGAUCAAUAUACUUCUCACCUUCGUGGUCGCAAACAUCAAAGUAAAAUAAAUCUUAAUUCAGUUUCUAGUCUGUCUUCAAGCGAUACAGCAAUGUCACCAUCAAGUGACGAAAGCUCAACUUCUGUUUUUUAUCAGUGCAAUAUUUGUCAAUUUGUAAUAUUCAGUUCAAUGAAACUGAAACAUUUGGAGUCAGAAGAGCAUCAACUGAACGUUCGCAAGUUAAGAGAAAAAUCAGUAUCAUCAAGUUCACGUGUAGACAACUCUCAUCUACGUAAAUUUAAACGAUCCUGUCGAGAGGUCUUAGUACCCGUAUAUGGAUCGAUUAAGUUCACAUCUACUGAGGCUAAGCUUUUGGAGAAUUCAGCGAAAGGAGAUCAAGAUUGUGUUUUGUUGUUGGAUUCAUUUGACGGUCGAGAUCGUAUUGCGAUACAUCUGGCAAAUGCAUUACUGAUAGCUAAUAAGAAUCUAUCAACUAUUGACUCGUCAAGUCCUUCUGCUCCUACCUGGGUAGUAUGGGUUCUACCCAAAACAGAAAGUUCCUCAGCUAACUCGAUUUCUGUAUUCGGAUCUCAAUCAGAUAAUGACAAUAAUACAUCUCAACGUCCUUUAAAAAUUGCUUACUUACCUUGUGAUGUAAAAAAAUUAACACAAGUUGAUUUGAUACUUACAACCUCUGAUUUGUUUGUUGAGCACUUAUCAAUUCUACUCAUGAAACAAGCAUUUAUUUGUGGCAUAAUUAUUCAUGAUGUCGAUGUAGCGUUAAAAAAUGAAGAGUUUUGCAAGCUUCUUUAUCGUUAUCGUCAAGAUUACACAAACCAACAUAAUCGAGGUCGAAUCAUAUGUUUUGGUCGAGUGAAAGUAGAGGAUGACAGCGUUUUUUCGUCGUUCACACAGUACGGUUAA